ACUCGAUGCUUGCCCACAGCAACCUCUCCUCUCCCGUUCUAUUUCCACACGCUUAUACUCAUCGUGCCCUCUGUUCCUGCCUCCUCCUUCGCGCCGAGUCUCUCUCUCAUGGUUGUCAAACCGCGAGAGUAUUUGGUGCUGCGGAUACGUGACGGGGCAGAAAGUGUCGCCACCAACACAACCACAUGCAGCCACCACAAGCACAACACCCCGCUGGAAAAUUCUCCACGACUCAUCCAUCCCUCCGUCCGAGUCUCCUACUCGACCUUGUUCUCCUCGCGAGGGGUUAACGUCAAUGAUUGUGAGUUGCUUCCGCCCCUUGCGUGUCGCAGUCGUCGACACGGCCUGCAAUAUUAUGCUCCGGGUGGACUACCAUGGUCUCCCGUGGCUCCUAUUCCGCGUUUUCUCCUAUGACAACCACCGAGGGAGGCCACGGGUGUAACGGGAGCUCCUUUCGACGCCGCCCCUCCGGGGAGCUCUGUUUCCCCUCUUCUCCUGGUGUAUGAGGUGCGAGGCGAUCGGUUUCUGCAGGGCCGGCGUCGGCAUGUAUGAGACACGCCACCGGGAGCGCAGCGCCGAGAGGGCUCUCACCGUGGGCAAUGGUUACGUGGAGAUCGAUCCCACCUGUCGGUAUGGACGUUUUGAUGAAGUGCUUGGCAAAGGAGCCACCAAAACAGUAUACAAGGCGUUUGAUGAGCUAAAUGGCACCGAGGUUGCAUGGAACCAGGCUAAGAUCUGCAACGUGCUGCAAUCGCCCGAUGUGCUGCAGCGGAUGUACUCAGAGGUGCACCUCCUCAGCUCCCUCCACCAUGAAUCCCUUAUCCGAUUCCAUACCUCAUGGAUCGACGUCGAGAACAGGACAUUCAACUUCAUCACCGAGAUGUUCAGCUCUGGUACCCUCCGAGAGUACCGGAAGAAAUAUCCACGAGUUGAUAUCAGAGCCAUCAAAAGCUGGGCUCGACAGAUCCUGAAAGGCCUCGUCUACUUGCACGGCCACGACCCUCCGGUGAUACACAGGGACAUCAAGUGCGACAACAUCUUUGUCAACGGCCAUCUUGGGGAGGUCAAGAUCGGCGACCUCGGCCUGGCAGCUGUUCUCAAGGGUUCACAGUCUGCACACAGUGUCAUUGGCACGCCGGAGUUCAUGGCACCGGAACUUUACGAAGAGGAGUACAACGAGCUGGUGGAUAUAUACUCGUUCGGCAUGUGUGUGCUCGAGAUGCUCACUUCUGAGUACCCCUACAGCGAAUGCUUCAAUCCAGCUCAAAUCUACAAGAAAGUCACUUCGGGAAAGCUGCCGGACGCAUUCCACCGCAUCAAAGAUCCCGAGGCCAAGCGAUUCAUCGGAAGAUGCCUCGAAAACGUCGCGAAGAGAUCAUCGGCCAAGGAGCUCCUUCUCGAUCCCUUUCUCGCGUUAGAUGAUCAUCAUGUCCCAAUGUUGCCCUUGAAGAACAUUCCUGUCCAUGUAGUUAAGGACAUGAGAUCACGAGGCCAUGACCACCUGCACUUGCUCGAGGCCGGCGACGUUACCUGCACCGCGAGGAGAACUGACAUGACUAUCACGGGGAAGAUGAAUCCGGAGGGCGACACCAUCUUCCUUAAAGUUCAGAUUGCUGACAGAGAAGGACAAGUGAGGAACAUAUACUUCCCGUUCGACGUGGUGAGUGACACUCCCAUGGACGUGGCAAAUGAGAUGGUGAAGGAGCUUGAGAUAACGGAUCGAGAGCCGUCGGAGAUUGCAGGGAUGAUAGCUCAGGAGAUCGCAGUUUUGGUGCCGGAUUGGAAGGCAAGAGGUGGACACAGUGAUCUCCAUCAUGUCUACAACUACGCGGAUGAUGCCGAAGACGGGUGCAAUCACCCAUUCUACAAUCUUUCCUCCCCUGCUUCCUCCCCGGGCUCUGCCUUCGGAGCAGGGCAGUAUAUGGGUGUGUUGGGUCUGCAGCAGCAUCCUCAUCAGGAAGGAUGGCUUCGAGGUGGCCUGUUUUCUGAUGACGAUGACAUGAGCUCCACUCACUCAGGCAAGUAUUCUGCCCUGAAUUACACCUCAGGUAACGAGCAAGAAAGCGAGAUGAGCUCCCACCAUAGCGAAAGCAGCCACAACGCCACCAAGUUCUGCGCGGAUGAAAGACACAGAGAAGACACCUCCUUAGCUAACCAGAUGGAGAAGAAGUGCAACGUAUCGUCACCGGAGCCCUCAAGGAAAUCUAGAAGUAGAACUAAAGGGGUCGAGAGGCCGUCAGAGAACCGCCGGUUGAGUAGGAACCUCUCGAUGGUGGAUAUGCGGAGUCAGCUGCUUCAUCGGAAUCUGGUCGACCAGCUCAAGAAGCGCUUGUUCAAGACGGUGGGCGCCAUCGAGGAUAUCGGCUUCCAGAUGCCGUCUGAUGGCUCUCGUCGGCCUCCGUCGUCGUCCUCGUCUCGAUGUGAUGGUAGGAAGCAUCAACAGCAAGGUCAUGCGAGGGGAAGAAGAUAAAACAGGCUUCAGAAAGAACAUUCUCAUCGAAUUUUCGUGUAUUCAUGUAACGGGUAGCUUCGAGACUGGUGUUCGAUGCGAAGAGGUCAUCGAUCUGCCGCUGUGAAUUCUUCACCUCGUCGUCAUCUGCGUUUUGAGUUUAUUCGAGUGUUUGUAUCCCAAAAUCUAAGAAUAAAGUUCUCCAAGGUUAGUAAAGAUUU